AUUCAUUUCUCACCCUAUCUCGGCCCUCCUCUUCAUCCCUCUCUUGCUCCAUACUACCAGCGCUCCUUUGCGCAAUUGUGGACUCCCUUUGCCUUGCUUCGCCCUGCCUCAUCUUGUGAUUUAGCUGAACGGCAAGCGGUUCACUCCCCCUUUACGCGACCAUCAUGAACGUCGAGCGCGUCCCUCAAGAGGAUCGUCGCGUAGUGCCUUCAUCGCAAGCCCGCAUCCCAGCAUCGCCAUCAAAAUCGCAACCUCGCCUUUCGGGGUCGUUCUCCGCCACAGCAAAUACCACUCCGCUCCAAAUGCAAGACAUCAAUGUAAAGCAACGCCAGCCAUCCUUCGCGACGCGUCACGCCCAUGCAGGUGUGGACACGCCCCCGCCAUCCUCGCCCCUGCCUUCAGACAAUGAAGGGCGCGGUAUGAGAUCGUCAUCAAUCACAGCCAUCUUCUCAUCGUCACCAACUCGCCAACGCGAUGGAUCCGACGAGAGCAGUCCCGCCGCAUCUUCUCCCAUCAAGCCCGCAUACAGGUCGCGUCCUUCCCUCGGCACCUCCCACGCUGCCUCGCAGCUGAGCAAGGCUGACCCCUUUGCGGGGCUCAAGGAGCUCGACGCUGCAGCUAGUCAAGUCAACAACGCGUCAUACGUCCUCUUCGGCUCCUUCACGCACGCCCUCCUCCUUGGGCGUAGCAAGCCGACCGGCCAGCCCCACGCGUCAUCCGCUUCCAACACUCCGGAGGCGGACGAUUCUGUCCCGCAAGCUAGCCCCGGAGUUGGCACUAAGCCUACCCAACAUAUCCCUCUACCCAACCACGCGCGUCAUGUCAGUCGCAGGCACGCCAUCAUCGAGUGGCUUCCGUUCUCGCCUCUGCCUCGAGCUGUGGACAGCAGAGCCAAGAAGACCCCCUCUGGCGGCUUUGUCGUGCGCAUUCUGGGUCAGAACGGGCUCAUUGUAGACGGAAAGAGGCGUCGGGAGGGACAUGUGCUGCGUCUUGAGCCAGGAAAGAGCACUAUCGACUUCUUUGGUGUCAAGACCAUCUUCGAGAUUCACCCUGACGCGAGCAGGCCGAUGCACGCAGUCACGAGCAAGGCAAAGAAGGCUGCAAGAGCCAGCCUGCCAGGUGCUGAUGGCAGCAGCCCAGCAAAGAGGCCAGCAAGCGACAGCAUUAGGAGGAGCGCGUCGAUGAGGCAGCUCGAGCAGUCUCAAGAUGCUUCGCAGGAAGCCGUCUCUCAACUGCUUGGCGCUGCUCUGUCCUCGCAGUCGAGAUUUGUCAAGACGUCCAACGCUCAAGGCGCACCGCUCUCACCACCAAGCAGCAGCCCUGCACCCUUCGCAACCUCGUCUCCUGCUGGCCCUAGUGCCGACCGCGAUGGGGAGGACGGCGCUGAGGAGCCCUUGUCUCCCAGUCUGGGACGAGGUCGCGCUGAUCUCGAGCUCUCGAUGCCGCCCCUCUCCCUCGGCCUCAGCUCGGUCGGCACGCCUUCCUCUGCUACCCCGGCUGUCCCUCGCGCCGCGGAACGCGAGAACGCCGAUGCUGCCGACACCACAAUCCCAGGCGAGGUCGAGAAUGAGGCCGCCACGCGCGCUGCCAAGCAGCCCCGCACCGAGCUUGAGGCUGCGCCUGUUGAUGGUGCUGAGAGCGACCUCACGCCAUCACCCGAGCUGGCACCCCGUGCCCUGCCGUCAUCCUCUGAGGCGUCCGCAGCCCCAGCCAUGUCGAGCACGCCCAAGCCUGCCGCUCAAGCUGCAAGCCAAGGCCCCUUCGCAUCACGUGCUCGCACCCUCAAGCCCACCACCAGCCAGAUCAUGAUGCCUCCACCCAAAGUCCCCGCCUCUGCUACUGCCACUGGUUCCGCAGCCGCCCGCGGGCCUUCCAGUGGCUCCUCCUCGCCGGCUCCUAGCGCUGGCGCAGGACCCGACUCUCAGCAAUUCCGUAACGCCUUGCGAGACCAAGCGCGUGCGUGCGUAGCGGUCCUCGCUCCCACUUACGAUCUCGAAGGGCUUCUCGCCGGUGCAAUCGUCUUCCACCGCACGGCGACGAUCAGCGCGAGUGAGGCCGUGCGCUCCGUUUUGGCAUCAACGCAGGGCCUCAUGCGUGGUGAAGCAGGUGGGAGUGCUGCUGCUACAGACCUGGCUCAAGGUUCGAUCGUCUCCGGCUGGGGAGCAGCGCAGCUCCUCUCUUCUCUCCCCGCCUCAACGGCCACCGAGCGCUGGACCUCUACAGCUCGCCGUGCCUGGACCGAGAGGCUCGAGAGCGUUCUCCAGUCGAAGCCUAUGUUCGGGCAGAUCCAUCGUGCAGGCAAGGAUGCCUCUGGCCACUCGCUCGAGCAUUGGUACUACUACGAUGCUGCGGGCGAUGAAGAUCGUGAGCGUGCAGCGAACUUGGGUAGCUUGGCUAAGCCGAUCAGGGGGGCGCUCAAGACUCACAAACCUAUCUUCUGGAAGAAGGGGGCCUACCCGAAGAGCGCAGAUGAGGAGGUUGGCGUCGCCACCAGCUCCGCGACCACGGAGACGUCGAGCGCUGCUGCGCCUUCUUCCUCUUCGUCAUCGUGGCUUCUCAAGGACGGGCCAAUGGGCGAUUCGCAGAUUGGCCCUGCCUUCCCUUCCACUCCUACCGUGACUGCCUCUGCAUCUACUGGCUCGAUGCCCUCAUCUUCAUCCUCUUCGGCCAAGCGGCCUAUGCUCGACGAGCGCCGUAUCUGGGAGGAGACGCAGCCUGAGGAGCGUGAGUCUACGUGGGACAAGGAGGGGGAUAUGGACUGGUCGGGAAGGAGUGGAGGGGGAUCGACGGGUAGUGGCGUCGGCGCAUCGAGUGGGAAGAGAAGGAGGAAGUGAGCCAGAACAGAACGGACUACGUCCCAACGGAAAGUGAAUCAAAUGCAUGAAGCUCUAUAUCUUAGCAAGUGAUGCAUUUGCUGAGCUAACGAGCGUAGCUCGAUGCGACCUCGAGGUGCACGAGGAGUGACCCGCGUGCAAGGGUAUAAAGACUGUGGUGGUAUGCCAGGAGCGCGGGGAUGGGCCACGGUGUUGAGGGAAGAGGAUGCCAACUAGCGGUCUCGAGCUUCAUGUCCGCCGUACGAGCCACGCCACGCUGCGCUACGGUACACCCUCUCGUUACUCUCA